GCGGCCGGGCGGUUUGGGUGCGCAUGCGCUGCCGCGAGGGCGCGGCGUCCCGGCCUGCGGGCUUGCCCGCGCCUGUGCGGCCCGGCGCCUAUGGCGUUUCUGGGGUGACGCGCUGGUGGCACCGACUCUCUCUGGGGACCGGGGCAUCACCCAUGAUCCCUUCGGCGACCUUCUUCUCCCGGCGCCAGAACAUCGGGUCAGAAGUUGAGAAUUCCACUAUUGAAAAACAGCGGAAGGAGCUGCAGUUGCUCAUUGGAGAACUGAAAGAUCGAGAUAAAGAGCUCAAUGAUAUGGUCACGGUGCAUCAGAGACAACUUCUCUCAUGGGAAGAGGAUCGGCAGAAAGUGUUGACUCUGGAGGAACGCUGCAGCAAAUUAGAAGGUGAGCUGCAUAAAAGAACUGACAUAAUCAAGUCUCUCAUGAAGAAGGUCAAGAUGCUUGAAUCCAAUCAAAUAGAAUGUCAGGCAGCUCUUCAGAAGACUCAGCAACAGCUCCAGGAAAUGGCUCAAAAGGCCACACAUUCCGCCCUCCUCUCAGAAGACCUUGAGGCUAGAAAUGAAAACCUCAGCAGCACGCUAGUGGAACUUUCUGCUCAGGUAGGACAAUUGCAAGCUCGAGAGCAGGCUCUCACUACCAUGAUAAAGCUAAAGGACAAAGAUAUUAUUGAGGCAGUCAAUCACAUUUCAGACUGUUCGGGUAAAUUUAAACUGUUAGAGCAUGCUUUACGUGAUGCUAAGAUGGCGGAGACUUGUAUUGUGAAAGAAAAGCAAGAUUAUAAGCAGAAACUGAAGGCACUUAGGUUUGAAAUCAGUAAACUGAAAGAGGACCUAACGGAGAAGACCACAGAAAACAACGACCAACGAGAAGAGAUCAUUCGCCUCAAGCAAGAGAAAAGUUGCUUGCAUGACGAGCUAAUUUUUACUGCCGAGAGAGAAAAGAGGAAGGAUGAGUUACUUGAUAUUGCCAAGUCAAAGCAAGAUCGUACAAAUUCAGAGCUACACAAUCUGAGACAGAUUUACGUAAAACAACAGAGUGACCUGCAGUUUCUUAAUUUCAAUGUAGAGAAUUCUCAGGAAUUAAUACAGAUAUAUGACUCAAAGAUGGAGGAAUCAAAGGCCCUGGGAUGCAGCAGAGACAUGUGUUUAUCAGACCUUGACAAUAACUACCUAAAAACCGAUAUUAAGAGAGAGAGAAAUCAGAAGUCAUUGGUUAAGGAUCAAAAGUUUGAGGUCACGUUGGCUCAGCACAGUAGGUCAGACAAGAGCCCCUGUGACGCAUGCAGAGAGAAGAAGCUGCAGGUUAAUGCUGCCUUUGGGGGAAAAAGUGUGAUUGCCCUCUCAUCUCUGUUUACCAAAGACUUACUGGAGAAACAAAAGUCUUGGUCUCUGGGUGGAAAAAUCCAGACUGAACCGGAAAACAAAGUUACACUAUGCAAGAUUCAUGGAAAAUCUCCAAAAAGCAAUGGCCUAGAGCUUCAGGUGGAAGAGAAGCAGCCCUCGGACACAUCCGUCUCGAUACCUGAAGAGAAGCAGUGGCACGACAUCAACGUUUACCUGGGCCUUUCUAACUGCUCUGUCUCAAAACAGCCGGAAAAGCUGGAUGGAGACUGCCAUGACCCUGCAGAGCUGUCUGAAAUCUCCUGCUGCACCCAAAAUGAAGUCUGCAUGGGGGACAGUGACCUGUGUGAGUCCAAAUGCUGCCACCCGAGUAACAUCAUUGUCGAAGCCCCAGGGCACAUGACUGACGUAGAGUGGAUGAACAUUUUCAAGCCUUCCAAAAUGCAAAGGAUUGUUCGCCACAAAACUUUGUGCACUUGUUCAGGAGGUGUCAGUGGAAUGAAAUAUAAUUCCUCAGCAAGUGAGCUCAUAACCAUCCAGGCUCCGCAAUGUUUGGGGUCCUCCAAGUCUGCUGAAAGAGAAGAUGAGUCAGGGGCCUCUCCAGACAAAAGAACCUCAUCCAAGAGUGUGUUCCUCAGCAAAGAUGCAGCACUGUCCAAUGAAAAGGAUGACUUUUCUCCUACCAGUAAGCUCCAGCGCCUGCUGGCCGAGUCUCGGCAGAUGGUCACAGAUCUGGAGCUGAGCACACUGCUGCCGAUCAGCUGUGAGAAUCUCAACAGAAGUAGGCAGGACUCUGUUUGGAAGGCAGAAAGCGGAUAUCAUACUUCAUGGAAAGACAAAGGAGACUGUGAUUCCCACAUAAGCAGCAUUUAGUACAAAGGCGAGCAGAAUCUCAAAGUUUACUUCUUAAAGCAACUGUAUUUUGUUUUUGAUGAACCAUUUUUGUGUAAAAAAUAUUUUUAUACCAAAAUAUUUUUAUACCAAAGAAAUGAGGUCGUACUCUACACACGUGUUUGGAACUAUGCUAAAAGAAAAAAAAAAAACAAAACUC